UUUGAAAAAUUUCUUAGUCUUUAGCCCUUUAUGGGUCUAAAAUUCCAUUCAUAUUGCUCUCAAAAUGUCUUAAAGUGUUAAAUUUAACUCUGUGCAACCUGCAGAAACCAUGUCACAGAAUAAUCUGUGAAUGUCUCAAUUUGAAAUAAUCUUUGUUUUGCUUUUUACACUUGUAUAGUCUGUAAUCCUGAUCCUGUGAGUGAGAGCUAGAGGAAUGUAACAUUGUCCUGUUAGAAGACAGCAGUGUUUACUUUUGGACAGUUCAUAAUGUUACUCAGACGUACAGUAUACCAUCCUAGCCUCACAAACCGAGAAGAACAAACUACAGGCAAGAUUUCAUUUAUCAGCACUGGCUUAAAAAAAUAGCAUUUUUACUGGGGUGGAAGAACUAACUUUAUGCACUAUGAUGGAUCACAACAGCAAGCCUUUUCUAUUAACUUGGCUUGAUUCAUUUGGAAGUCAACAUUUACAACAUUAAAAGUCGUUAUUUAAUAGACCAGUGAGGUGGUGGAUUGACGUUCACAUUAUGGAUGUGUUGGGACUCGGAUUCUGCUUGCUUCUAGGACUAAUACACACUAUAGAAGGAAAGGUCGUCAAACGGGGUAGAGUUCCCCCACAUAUUGUUUUCGUGAUGGUGGAUGACCAAGGAUACAAUGACAUAGGGUACCAUGGCUCAGAGAUCCAAACACCCGUGUUGGACCAGCUGGCUGGCGAAGGGGUGAAGCUGGAAAACUACUAUGUUCAGCCCAUCUGUUCACCCUCACGCAGCCAGCUUAUGACUGGACGGUAUCAGAUCCAUACUGGUCUUCAACACUCCAUCAUUCGUGCACGUCAGCCCCUGUGCCUGCCCCCUGACACGCCGACGCUCCCUGAGAGGCUCCAGGAGGCUGGCUACAGCACCCACAUGGUAGGGAAAUGGCACCUGGGUUUCUGUCAUCCCGAGUGUCUGCCAACAAGCCGUGGCUUUCAAAGCUUUCUUGGAUCACUGACGGGCAGCGGAGACCAUUUCAGCUUCCAAAGCUGUGACGGAACAGAGGCCUGUGGGUUCGACCUGCAUGAUGGAGACCGGCCGGCCUGGGAACUGAGAGGAAAUUACUCAACAAGGCUUUACACUGAGAGAGUGAAAGACAUCCUGAGACGUCAUGACCACCGGAAGCCUUUGUUUCUGUAUGUGGCGCUUCAGGCAGUUCACACACCUUUACAAGCUCCUGGGCAUCUUCUCAGACGCUACCAGGCCCUCGGCAACCGACCUCGACGUCAUUAUGCUGCAAUGGUGAGCGGUGUAGAUGAGUCAGUAGGGGAAAUUGUCAGUGAGCUGCGUGAGCGAGGCUACUACGACAACUCUGUGCUCAUCUACUCCUCAGACAACGGGGGCCAGCCUCUCUCAGGGGGCUGUAAUUGGCCCCUGCGUGGUGGCAAGGGCUCCUACUGGGAAGGUGGAGUUCGAGCAGUUGGCUUUGUACACAGCCCACUUCUGAAAAGGAAGGGGGUGGUGAGUCAUGCUCUGAUUCACAUUUCCGACUGGUAUCCAACCUUGCUGUCUCUUGCAGGAUACAGAGAGUCUGAUUCCAACCAUGUGGAUGGUCAAGAUGUUUGGGAAACUAUAAGCAGUGGUCUUCCCUGUCCACGAACUGAAAUCCUCUUCAACAUUGAUCCGGUAUCACGUAGACAUGGAGAUAUCAAUCCCAAACUCCUAACUCUGAAUGGUUUUGGGAUCUGGGAUACAGGAGUGCGUGCAGCCAUUCGAGCUGGUGACUGGAAACUUCUGACAGGGAACAUCGGUGAUGGAGAUUGGUUCCCUCCACAGACGAUGCCUGGAGGUCCGCAGCAGUGGCAAGGCAUGGAAAAGAGACGAGAUCAGCGAGGAAAGUCUGUCUGGCUCUUCAACAUCACCGCUGAUCCCUAUGAGAGGGCAGAUUUGGCAGAGGCACGGCCUGAGGUGGUCAAGGUUCUGUUGACCCGACUUUCCGAGUACAACCGGACUGCUGUGUCUCCACGCAAUCCGCCUGAUGACCCAAUGGCAGACCCGCAACUUCAUGGAGGGGUUUGGACUCCCUGGCUAGGACAGGAAGAGCACAGAGAUGAAGGGGGUGAUGAGGAACCAGACAGCAUCAACAGAAAGGCCAGAUCCAAGAGUACCUGCAGACUCUGCAAACUUAGGGCCUUGUUUAAAAAGGUCGGUACCCGUAUGCAAAGGGCCACUUUAUUCUUGUAGUCAAAAGAGGUAGCUGUGCAUCCACAAAGCUAUUAUCCAUUCAUGGGCAUGGACUUGUCCACAUAUGUUGACUUUAGAAACGCUUGAUGCUGUGCCUGCAUUGUGAAAUAGGAUUUCAACACAAUAGUUUGCACUUACCAGUCAUCAUGUCUUAGGCAGAAUUUCCCAUUUGUAUGAUGCAAUGGAAUUUUCUGAAAAGUUCAGCUCACCUAGUGUUAAUGGGAUCUAGGCAGGAGCAGUCUGACAUGACUCCACAAGCUCUUAGCGUAGAUGUCACUGGAUCUUUAUUAGAUGAUCCCAGUAUUUAACCACAGAAAUGGAUGUACGUAGGUAGUGGCAUUGAUAAGAUAGGAAACAAUACUGCACUUAUAUUGUUCUUAUAUUGUUGGACCAGCGUUCUCUUAUCCAGCUCGUUUCACUUUUUCUCAUCUAUCUGUUCUUUCUCUGACAUGCCUCUGCCUUGCACUCCUCCUCACGCCUCUCUCAUUCUCCUACCUUUAGCUUUAAUGCUUGUGCUCUAUCCAAAUCCGCUGUGACAUUGCCCACCAGUACCAGAAUAACACACGAUUCUUCAUUGUUUCUGCACUUUCUCCUCCACCUGUUUCUCGUCCUCUUGCUUUCCUUAGUUUGAGUAGAUAAGGUCAGCAAGCAAAACGGCAAUAAAGUACGUUAUUUUAUGUAAAACGAGGGUUAUUUGAGGAGGAGGAGGAGGAAGAUCACUCUUGGGUAUGAAGGCUGUGUGCCUUUUAUAUGAAACAUUCUUGGCCUGUUCAUCUCUUGGUUUCAAAAGACUAACACAAUUCACAAGACGUGUGAUGAAAUGGGCUCUAUAUUCAAUGCAAUGCUUUUGUUCAAAAUAUCUUUUAUGUAGAUGCUGUUACUCUGAUAUAAUCCAUCCUUCCGAUCUAUUCACAAUAACAGUCCUACCGUAAAGAUGAAUUCUAACAGUCGCAGCCUGGUUAAUAUUAAUUACCCUAAACUAAUAAACAAAAUAAUCUCUAUGAGUGACCAGCUACAAACACUAUUUAUAUGAGGUUAUUACACAAGUGAAAAAUGUUUCCUUAUGUCCUACUGUAACAAACACUACCUGAAAAUCCCUGUUCCUGGAGAUCUACCUUCCUACAGAUUUCAGUUGCAACCCAUAUCAAACACACCUGCCUGUAAUUAUCAAGCGCUGCUUCAAGUCCUAAUUAAAUGGAUAAUGUGUGUUUGAUCAGGGUUUAAGCUGAACUGUGUAGGAAGGUUGAUCUCCAGGAACAGGGUUGAGCACCCCUGAUCUAGAGUAAUGUAAAAGUCAAUAAACAGUUAAAAGAUAGUACAUAGUUAAGAUAAUGCAAACCAAACAUUUACUUCAAGUGCGACAAAGGAAGAAUUAAUGUGUAACUGAUGUUUCUGAGGUUGUUAAAAAUGUUUUAAUCUAUUAUUCGAAUUCUGUGUUCUUGUUUAAAGGGACCGUUCACAAAGAAAUGGUCAUUCUGUCAGCAUCAAGCUUAUAGUUAACGAACAUCAACAAAAAAAAUUAAAACUAGAACAAACAUUUUUGUUAACUGAAAUAAA